AUUAUAUAAUUCAGCUUGCCAUGCAUCUAGAAUUAUUAUAUGUUAUUGAAGAAGCUAAAUUAAUACAGACAUAUUUCUAUAUUUUGAUAAAGUAUUUAGUAAUAAGGAGAUAUCUCUCUAUAAUGUUUUCAUUAUUUAAAGUCUAAAAUGAAGAUAUCAAAACUCAAUAUGUAAUUCUCAUGUUAAACGAUAACUGAAGAAAAGCAUCUGAAUUUAAAGUAAAAGAACUAUGGAAUAGAUUGUUUUCCACUCUUUUCCAUAAAAUAAGCAAUUAUGAAUUCUAUACCUAAUUUUCAAAUUCCUGACGUUUGGGAAGUUAAGGAUGUGGUGAAUAAAUUGAAAAGUGUAGUGUUGAAUUAUACAGAAAUGGAAACCAAGGUUCAUGAGGCAACUAGUAAUGAUCCCUGGGGUGCUUCCAGUACACUUAUGCAAGAAAUUGCACAAGGCACCUAUAAUUAUCAAUACUUUAAUGAAAUUAUGCCAACAAUUUAUAGAAGAUUUACCGAAAAAGAAUCUAAACAAUGGAGACAAAUUUACAAGGCACUGGUUCUUUUAGAAUACCUUAUCAAAAAUGGCUCAGAACGUGUUGUUGAUGAUGCUCGCUCUCAUGUUUCUAUGAUCAAGAUUCUACGUAAUUUUUAUUAUAUUGAUGAUAAAGGAAAAGAUGAAGGAAUUAAC